UAAUAUACAACAGUUGGAGCGGCGAAACCAAGCGGAUAUAAUAUGACACGAAGAAAACAGACCACGGAGAAUCAUUUUAUCUGCAAACAAAAUCUGACCAUGUUUAGGCUCGCAGAGAACGCUUAGCUGCGUGUGAUGGCCGCCACUGUGUCCCCUUUGCGUUGUCACGCACGUCCGUGCAGGUGCGUCAAAACCAUGAGCAAUGGAGCGCCACUUGCCCCCGAGGAUCUGGGAGCUCUGGACACGGUUCAGACGGUGGAGCCGCGGAGGCAGGGGGAAGUUGCUGUGCACGGUCGUCCACCUAGGCGUUGGAGGACUCGCUUUGAGCGAGCCACUUCCCACGUUCUGGAAGUUGGCCCCCCCACCUCUGGCAUUGAGGUACCCCGCUUUGACCUGCCUUCUUACACACAACUUCCUCUUUACACUGAUCUCUUUCCUCCUCAUUCUCCUCCACGCUUUCCUGUUCCUUCUGCUAUUCCUUCCACACCUCCUCCUCCCUAUUCUCCUCCACGCUCUCCUGUUCCUUCUUCUGUUCCUUCCACACCCCCUCCUCCCUAUUCUCCUGUUCCCUCUUGCUCUUUUGCUGCUCCUCAUUCUCCUCCACGCUCUCCCUUUCCUUCUUCUGUUCCUUCCACACCCCCUCCUCCCUAUUCUCCUGUUCCUUCUUGCUCUUUUGCUGCUCCUCAUUCUCCUCCACGCUCUCCUGUUCGUCCUUCUUCUGUUCCUUCCACGCCCCCUCCUCCUUAUUCUCCUGUUCCUUCUUGCUCUACGGCUCCUCCUCUUUCUCCUCCAUGCUCUUUUGCUCCUUCUUCUUCUAUUCCACCUUCACCCCCUGCUCCUUCCCCUCUGGUUCCACUUAUUGUGGCUCCUUCUGAGCUGCCCUGUGUUCCCGAUGCUGGCCUUUCCCUGUCUCCUGUUAUUCAGGACUCAGGCUCCACAGUGGAAGGGACCAGCGAGGACUUAGCGGUUGGGGAAACCAACGAGGCUCCUAGCAGCAGCAGCAGCAGCAGCAGCAGCAGCAGCACACCUGGUAGAGGUAGGGAGGACAGUGAUGAGGAGGGGGCUGCUCCCAAAAGACCAUGUUUUACUGUGAGACACUGUGUCACACAGUAAACUUGGUCUUUGCCUUUGUUGGAUGGCAGCAGCCACCUCUUUGUUCACGGAUAACUGGCCUCUGUUUUUGACAGGACCAGUUUAUCCUACUGUCUUCUUUUUUUUUUCUUGAUUUCUUUCUUCAUAAUUUUAAAUAUUCAUCCAAACCCUGAGAACUAGCCUUUGCAUCUGGCUGGGCAGUUCUUGUCCCAGGUAGCGUCUGGCACUGGGACCUUUCUUUCUUUCCUGGAUGAAUACAGGUUUGAAUGUUAAUAUUUACCCUGAGAACUAGCCUUUGCGUCUGGCUGGGCAGUUCUUGUCGCAGGUUGCGUCUGGCACUGGGGCCUGCGUUUACAGUUCAGCAUGGUGGUGGGAUGGACUUUUCUUUCACCCUGGAGGCUGAGUUCAGCGCCUGGCAGGGCCGUCGACCCCACCCCAUGCAAGUUGCUCUAGCGUCUGGCAGGCUCCUCAGUGGCAGAGGAGGAUGGACUGCAGUGUCAUGUGCUUUGGAGGGGACACAUGGUUGUCUGCUGUUCUAAUCAUGCUCCACACCACAGGGAGCAGUGCCACUGAUACUGAUGUACUGACCAGUGUGUCUGUCAGUCCAGCAGACAAAGUUUCAUAAGGAGAAGGCGCUGAGGGCACGAGGAGAAGGAGAAGGUGACACCAGGCAAUGGUGCAGCUGUGGAGGAUGGACACAACAGACACCAUAGGACCACCUGGAGAGAAGUUGUCACCUGUGUCUAUGGAGGCUCAAUGCUCAUCCUUCGGCUCUUUGCUCCCUCCAGCCUCCGGUCCCGACAGAGGGGAGCCUCCCAGUCCCAACCACAUAGAGGAAGUGUCUUUAUCACUGCUCCCUCUGUGCUGCUGGGUUUGGGAGACUUUUCACAUAAUCAGUGGUGUUGGCCUCCAUCUGUAAACUGAAGACAUUCAGGACAAGUCAUUUUCAUAAAUCAUUUGAAACAAAUUGUAAUAAAUACGUUUCAUGUUAAA